AUGAUUCCAAAUCAAGUACUAGUAGUUCAACAGCCGUCACAGCGUGAUCAAGGAAGGAAGGCACAAUUAAGAAAUAUACAAGCUGGGAAAACAGUUGCAGAUGUUGUAAGAACAACUCUUGGGCCUAAAGCGAUGCUUAAAAUGCUUUUGGAUCCGAUGGGUGGCAUAGUUCUAACUAAUGAUGGAAAUAGUAUACUACGUGAGGUUGACGUAGCUCAUCCAGGUGCUAAGUCAAUUAUUGACCUAUCAAGAACUAUUGAUGAAGAAGUUGGAGAUGGUACGACAAGUGUAGUUGUAUUAGCAGGCGAAUUCUUAGCUUGUGCUGAACCAUUACUUCAAAGAAAUAUACACCCAACUGUAAUUAUAAGUGGCUAUUUAAGAGCUUUAGAAGAUUCCUUAAAAUAUAUGGAGAACCUAAGUACUAGGAUAGAUAUAAACGAUGAAGAUUCAUUAAUAAGUGUUGUUGACUCUUGUUUAAAAACAAAAUUUUCUGGUAGAUGGGGUAAUCUAGUAGGUAGUAUGGCAUUAAAGGCUGCAAACUUUGUAACUCUAAUAGGACAAGAUGGAAGAAAGGAAAUUGAUAUCAAACGUUAUGUAAAAAUUGAAAAGGUACCUGGCGGUGAGAUAGAAGAUAGUGAAGUUUUAAAUGGAGUAGUUGUAAAUAAAGACAUUAUUCAUCCUCGCAUGAAACGUCUUAUUAUUAACCCAAAGGUUCUAUUAUUAGACUGUACUUUGGAAUACAAAAAGGGAGAAAGCCAAACAAAUGUUGAAAUAACUAAAGAAUCUGAUUGGGAGGCUCUUCUUAAGCAAGAAGAAGAAGAGGUUCAGGAAAUGUGUAGAGAUAUUAUAGCAACAGGCUGCAAUGUUGUAUUUACAGAAAAGGGUGUUUCUGACUUAGCUCAACAUUUCUUAGUUAAAGCUGGGAUAUCAGUUAUUAGAAGAGUACGUAAAAGUGAUAAUAAUCGUAUUGCUAGAGUUACAGGUGCUACUAUAGCUAGCCGUACUGAAGAACUUACUACUAAUGAUGUUGGCACCUUAUGUGGAAGAUUUGAAGUUAAGAAAAUUGGUGAUGAAUAUUUCUGUUUCCUAACUGAAUCCAAAAAUCCAAAGGCUUGUUCUGUAAUAUUAAGAGGUGGAUCUAAAGAUGUAUUAAAUGAACUGGAGAGGAAUUUGCAUGAUGCCUUAGCUGUAGCUAGAAACGUAUUACUUGACCCUGCUUUACUACCUGGUGGUGGUGGAACAGAAAUGUACCUUUCUUGCUACCUUAAUCAGCAGUCUUACAAUGUAGAUAGUACUCAGAUGUGGGCGUAUAAAGCGUUUGCUCAAGCAUUAGAGGUCAUUCCUAGAACUUUAGCGCAAAACUGUGGUGCAAAUAUAAUGAAAACUUUGACAGCUUUGCGUUCCUACUGCAUGUCUUUUAAUAACUCCAAUACAGAUAGUCGACCUAUAUAUGGCAUUAAUGGCGAUAAUGGUAGUGUCUGUGAUGUUACUGAACUUGGAAUAUGGGACACCUUGAACGUUAAACAGCAAGUAUAUAAGACUGCAGUUGAGGCUACCUUGAUGCUAUUACGUAUUGAUGAUGUAUUGAGCUCUGUUUCCAAAAAGAAGGCCCAGAAUCCUAAUGUAGAGCAACCAAAUGUGGAGUCAUUUGGUGAUUCUAGAGAUGGUUAA